UCGCGGUCCGUACGCGACGACGACAACAACAACAACAAUACCACCGGAGUGUAAACAACAAAGUGUAUUUCCACCUUGGUAAACAAUAACUUGUUAUCAAUCAAUAACCAAACGUUCGACUGCAACGUUGCUGCACGACUAAACCGAAGUUCGAGUGCGAAGUGCAACGCCAAAUAUAUUAUGAUCGUCCCGCUGAACGGUUUCAAUCUCCUGAUCGGCUCACGCACCGCGUUAUGAUCGUCGGUCUCCUACCGCUUCCCGAGUUCUGAUGAAAUGUCGUCGGGUCGCCGCAUAUGAAUUUUCGGAAAAUGAUUCGUCUCCCAACGUCAACAUAAUGUACUUAAUUUGUUUCAUAUGUUUUUCCAGUUACGUAAAAGGUAUUCUACCGACUGUGUUGUCCAGCAACGAAUUCCCUGCGUACGGUCUGAUCCGUCACAGUCGCAGUACGCAAACACAAGAUUUAAAAACCACACCUUCCGUCGCAGGAAGCGUUAACAAUGUGCAACUGAACAAUAAAUCUCAAAUCGUUCUGUUAACAGAGAAUUCUACGGAAAUCAAUGAUAAUUUGGUUUUCAAAGAACAUUACGAAAUUCAAAACGAAACAAAUGCUAUUGAUGGGUUUAAUGACACGUACACAAAUAUCACAUCUUUGCCCGAGCUUUCAAAUUAUAUGACUUCUCAUUUUGUUUUGAUAUCAGGAGCUUCUCUUGCAGGCUGUGUGAUUAUCAUAUCAUUUGUAAUUUUAGGUUAUAUAAUGUACAAAAGAAGUAGAUGGAAUACUCCUCAAGCACUAGAUCAUUGUAGCAAUGCAGACUCUAUUGGAUAUUUAGAUGACAUGUUUAAAGAAAAUUCAGAUGAAAUGUAUAGUUUGGACAAUGAUUCUUUUCUAAAUAGUUUAGAAGCCAUGACCAUACAAAAUUACUGGACAGAAAAUGUUAAACAUACUAAAUUAUAAAUUUAGUAAGAAUUUUUUAUUUUAUUAUAUUAAGACAGUUAGACAAUGCAUUUUUUUUUUUUUUUGUCUAUAACAUACAUACCAUAAUAAUUCUGUUAAGUUUAUUCCAAUAUCAAAUUGUUGUUUCUGAGUUAAAAUUAUAUUAUCAGUCUAUUAUGUAAUUUAAAGAAAAC